UUCUGGUUUCUUCAAAAGAGGCGAAGGUUGCCGAACUGUCCCCCUGGCUGGACAUGUGGGGUUUGACAGCUUGCCUGACCAGCUGGUGAAUAAGUCAGUCAGCCAGGGCUUCUGCUUCAACAUCCUGUGCGUGGGGGAGACAGGUUUGGGCAAGUCCACCCUCAUGGAUACCCUGUUCAACACCAAGUUCGAGGGGGAGCCAGCCACCCACACACAGCCAGGUGUUCAACUCCGAUCUAAUACCUAUGACCUCCAGGAGAGCAACGUGGGGCUUAAGCUCACGAUUGUGAGCACUGUGGGUUUUGGGGACCAGAUCAACAAGGAGGACAGCUAUAAACCCAUCGUGGAAUUCAUAGAUGCUCAGUUUGAGGCCUAUCUGCAGGAGGAGCUGAAGAUCCGGAGAGUACUGCACACCUACCACGACUCCCGAAUCCAUGUCUGCUUGUACUUCAUUGCCCCCACAGGACAUUCACUUAAGUCUCUGGACCUAGUAACCAUGAAGAAGCUCGACAGUAAGGUGAAUAUCAUCCCCAUCAUUGCCAAAUCAGAUGCCAUUUCUAAGAGUGAGCUGACAAAGUUCAAGAUCAAAAUCACCAGUGAACUUGUGAGCAAUGGAGUCCAGAUCUAUCAGUUCCCCACCGAUGAUGAGUCAGUGGCCGAGAUCAAUGGAACCAUGAACGCCCACCUACCAUUUGCUGUUGUUGGCAGCACAGAAGAAGUGAAGAUUGGCAACAAGAUGAUGAGGGCACGGCAGUAUCCUUGGGGAACUGUGCAGGUUGAAAAUGAGGCCCACUGCGACUUUGUGAAACUGCGGGAGAUGCUGAUUCGGGUGAACAUGGAGGAUCUGCGGGAGCAGACCCACACCCGGCACUAUGAACUGUACCGCCGCUGCAAGCUGGAGGAGAUGGGCUUCAAGGACACCGACCCGGACAGCAAACCAUUCAGUUUACAGGAGACCUAUGAGGCAAAAAGAAAUGAGUUUCUUGGGGAGCUCCAGAAAAAAGAAGAGGAGAUGAGACAGAUGUUUGUCCAGAGAGUCAAAGAGAAAGAAGCCGAGCUCAAGGAGCCAGAAAAAGAGCUGCAUGAGAAGUUUGACCGUCUGAAGAAACUGCACCAGGAAGAGAAGAAGAAGCUGGAGGAUAAGAAGAAAUCCCUAGACGAUGAAGUGAAUGCAUUCAAACAGAGAAAGACAGCGGCUGAGCUGCUCCAGUCUCAGGGUUCUCAGGGUGGGGGCUCGCAGACUCUGAAAAGAGACAAAGAGAAGAAGAAUAAUCCAUGGCUGUGUACUGAAUAGUAUGCCCUGCUACAGCUGGACUGGACUCCACUUAGCCUUUUAAGCGAAGGUUCUUAUUUUAACUGACAACUUUUUUUAAUGGUGCCAGAUAGCUGGGCCCUCCACCCCCUGCUCUGGUACUUUAAGCCCCCAUCUCUCUCUCUCUCUGUCUUUUGAGUUCUGCUUCUGCCUCCCAGUCUGACUGGCGUGGACCAUGACUUUCUUCUUUUUUCAUAUUUUAAAGGUGGUUGUAUCGUCACUACCUCUAAAACACACAAGGUGAUAAUAAAUUUACAGGCUUUCUGAACUGUUGCAAAAGGGUGGGGGGCAUUCUCUACAAUCAUAGUUAAUAUUUGGAAGCCAAGAAUAAGUCCAAAGCAGAACUAGAUAAAAGCAAGCAAGUCAAUAUGCAUACAUUCUCUUUCUCUCUCUUUUUUUUUUUUGUUGGCAAAGAGAGAGGGUGAUUUUGAUAUGUUCCGGCCAAUGGCCAGAGACAAGUACAGGGUAACAAUGGGAAAGCAUAAGCUUGUUUCUUGGGAAAAACCAACCGGAAGUGGACAAUUUCAGGAAACCCUAUGCCUGGAGGUAAACCAGAACAAGGCACCACCACCAAGAACAGAAAGCCCAAAAGCAGAAUUCCCAGAUACCUUCAGAUACAUAGUCAGUAGUUGGGGGAAGACAGGCUCUUGCAAUGUAGCCCUGGCUAACCUUGAAAUCACAAUGUAGACCAAGCUGACCCACAAAUUCACAGAGAUCUGCCUGCCUGAAUUACCUGAGUGCUGGGGUUAAAGACAAACACCCCUACACCCAGCUGCCUUAAUCCACUUUCCCAGAAAUGAAGCCUCUCAUUUGCAUUUGUAUAUAAAUUCACUACUUGAGGUUUGAGGGUUUCAAAUACUUCGUAAGUAUUUGAGCUACACAACCUUCCAAAAACAAGCAGGAAUUGUAUAUAAAGUGGGAGCUUUUUGGUCAGCAUGGCUGAUGUAACCCUUAUGGAGGAUAUUGACACAUAGAGAAAUUAAGGAACUUAGCCAAGGGCCCACUACUAUUUCUUGGCAAAGCCCGAGCAAAAUUUCAUGUCUCAGGGUUCCCAAUCCAUUUCACCAAGGGACCUAACUAUUUGUGUAUGUUCCUGGAGACAAGAUUUUUUUAAUGUUCAGAGAAACCACCAAUAUUAGAGGCAUCUUGAGGGUUUUUCUCAUAGAAAAAUAGGAUGGGGUGGGAAGGGGCAGAUGAAGAGAUAGUUCCAGGCCAGAUGCCGUGAAGCUUGAUGAUCAGUUAGCUUUCCUAUAAGUCUGGAACAGGACCAGGCCAGUGUCCAUUUCACUGAUGCACUCUGUGGCUUCUUGUAAUCAGGGAACUUUGGUGGAUAUAAAAAGCAAGAGAACCUAUUAAAGGAAUUGAGGUGAUGCUAAAUUUCAUUGAGUUGUCCUUCUGACUGUAAAUGGAAUGGUUUUUGUUUUUCUUCGCUUAAAGGUCUUUUUAAUUAGUACAGUUGUUACUAUUUUUUUUGAAAAUACCCUAAACUCUGCUUACUUCUAGUGAAACAAAAACCAGUAAUUAGAUAUGGUCUGUGCUUUUAUUUUUCUAGACUAGAAUGGCUUUCCUGAAACACAGACACAGACACACACAGAGACACACACACACACACACACACACCCUUCAUUUCUCUGAAGCCAAGAAGUCUGCUUUCCCCAUCUAGUUUGGAUCUUUUUUAAAAAAUCAUUUGGCAUUCACACAUGGCUGUUAAUAUGUGCUUAUUUUUUAAUUAAAGCGAGACUCGUUAAA